UAAUAUGAAACUAUGUAUGGAUGCAAGUUGUGAAAAGUGGAGAAGCAAUAUAAGACCGACUUCGUCGUCUUGGUGAUGUAAAUGGGCUUAAUUUUUGUGUAUGAUUGUUGUCCGUACUUGUGAUGCAUUACGUUGUUCAGUUAUUGAUAAGGUAGCUUCUUGAAGGGAUCAAUUAUAUUGAAAGGUGGUUCACAAUUAAGAAUGGAAGAAAAGCUACCUCCUGGGUUCAAGUUCCACCCCACAGACGAAGAACUCAUCACAUAUUAUUUAUUAAGGAAAGUGUCCGAUGUUGACUUCACAUCCAAAGCUGUAGCAGUUGUUGAUCUCAAUAAAUCUGAACCUUGGGACCUCCCAGGUAAGGCAUCGAUGGGCGAGAAGGAAUGGUAUUUCUUCAGCUUGAAAGAUCGGAAAUAUCCAACUGGGCUUCGAACCAACCGAGCCACUGAAUCAGGGUAUUGGAAAACCACAGGAAAAGAUAAGGAAAUAUUUGGUGGUGGAGUUUUGAUAGGGAUGAAGAAAACCUUAGUCUUUUAUAUGGGCAGAGCUCCUAGGGGUGAGAAAAGUAACUGGGUUAUGCACGAAUAUAGGCUUGCAAACAAACAACCCUAUAGAUCUUCAAAGGAAGAAUGGGUGAUUUGCAGAGUCUUCCAAAAGAGCUCAGCACCCAAGAAACCACAGCAGACAUCCUCUUCCCAACCAUCUCAAGAGUCUCCUACCUCAAUGGUCAACGAAUUUGGUGAUGUUGACCUACCAAAUCUAAAUAGCAUUGCAAAUUCAUCCAGUAGCUUCACCAAUAAUAUUGCAUACAAUAUUAAUGGUGAUCCUAGCAAUGCUGUUAACACCAAUAUGAACUUGACCAUGAAUUGGCCUUCUGGAUUUCUGAAUCCAAACCUUUCUGUGAAUUCAUUGCUUCUCAAGGCAUCACAGCUUAGAAAUACUUAUCAACAAAGAGAAGCUGCGACCAGUAGUGAUCAUCACUUUGCAACAUAUGUUCCUCAAGGAUUUUCUCACAAUAAUACUAUUGGAACUGAACAUCACCUCAUGACUCCAAAUCUCAGUGCUACUUCUUCUUCUUCCAAAGCUUUAGAGUAUUCUUGUGUGCCGCAGCAGGAGCAACCAUUUAAUAUGGACUCCAUUUGGUGAACGAAGUUAAUUAUAUGUAAACCCCUUGUGAAUUAUUGUCCUAAGUCCAAACUCUUCAACUUCUGUAUAUAGGUAUAAAUGGUCCCAUUUCAAAGUA